UGGAAGUUGGACUACGUCAACAGGAGAGUGGAGACCGUCCCAGCCCUCAGAGGAGCUGAGCAGAGGCGGCGUCGCUCCGAAACGUCCCCAAAUGUCCAGAGAAGGACACGAGCUGAUGCGUCUGUGAGCGUUUCCCUGCAGGUGGACAUGGUUUCCCCGCGCGUAAAGACGCACUGAGGACGUACAGGAAAGGCUCUUUUACGCUUCUUUUUUUAACCAUCAAGAGGAGAAGAUGUUGGCCAGAAAAAGCAUUAUCCCGGAGGAGUUCGGCCUGCCGGGGCUCGCCUCUCGGAUGCCCCGCAAGCCGGUGUUCAGGGACCGCGUGAACAAAGCGCGCUUCAUCGCCAAAAACGGCUCGUGCAACUUGGCGCACAAGAACAUCCGCGAGCAGGGCAGAUUCCUCCAGGACGUGUUCACCACCCUGGUCGACCUUAAAUGGCGCUUCACGCUGGUCAUCUUCACCACGACGUUUGUCAGCAGCUGGCUGCUGUUCGCCAUGAGCUGGUGGCUGGUGGCGUUUGCGCACGGAGACCUGGACCCGGAGCGGCAGAACGGGACCCACUGCGUCACCGAGGUCAAGUCCUUCACCUCAGCCUUCCUGUUCUCCAUCGAGGUUCAGGUGACCAUCGGCUUCGGGGCGCGGAUGAUAACGGAGCAGUGUCCGACCGCGAUCACCGUCCUCAUCAUGCAGAACAUAGUGGGACUCAUCAUCAAUGCUGUCAUGCUGGGUUGUAUCUUUAUGAAGACGGCUCAGUCGAACCGGCGAGCAGAGACGCUGAUCUUCAGCCGCCACGCUGUGAUCGCCGUCAGGAACAACCGGCUGUGUUUUAUGAUCCGUAUCGGGGAUCUCAGGAAGAGCAUGAUUAUAGGGGCGACCGUCAGGUUACAGGUGGUGAGGAAGACGACCACACCGGAGGGCGAGGUGAUCCCCAUCCACCAGAUCGACGUCCAGACAGAAAGCGCCUUGGCCAGCAACAGCCUGUUCCUGCUCGCGCCGCUCAUCAUCUGCCACGUCAUCGACAAAAACAGGUACGGCAACGUCAUCCUGGAGGGGGUCGUGGAGACGACCGGGAUCACCACGCAGGCCCGGACCUCCUACGUCUCUGAGGAGAUCCAGUGGGGUCACCGCUUCGUCCCCAUAGUGACGGAGGAGGAGGGCGUGUACUCUGUGGACUACUCCAAGUUUGGUAACACAGUCAAGGUAGCGACGCCACGCUGCAGCGCCAGAGAACUGGACGAGAAGCCGUCCAUCUUAAUCCAGACUCUCCAGAAGAGCGAGCUGUCGCACCAGAACUCGCUGAGGAAGCGCAACUCCAUGCGACGCAACAACUCCAUGCGGAAAGGCGGAGGAAGCAGCGGAAACCUGCGCAGGAACAACUCAGCACUCGCCGUGCCCAAAGUCCAGUUCUUCACCCCGACUGAAGGGGGCCAGACCCUGAACGCCGUUACCUGACAUGAGGCCUGCCUCCUGCUGGCUGCCCUGCUCCUCCUGGUGGGAAGGAGGAUUGCGGGUGUUGGUGUAUCUCCUGCGCUGAUGGGACUUGUUCUUUUCCUGUUCCCUGCCUUAUCUAGACUUGUCUGCCAACACCUUUACUGUUAAUGUUACUCCAUGUUUACAUGCAUGGAGUAAAAUAGUUUGUAUUUUAGAAGUAGCUGUUCAAACUGUUGACAGAAACGUUAAGAAAACAUUUAAAGAGCCACCGCAAAAGAAAAACAUAUAAGUCAUUAAAGUCCACGUGAAAUGGAAAUCAGAGAGCUGUUUGCUUCCGCAUAUUAAAGCAUAUUUUGUUAAAUAUGUGGGUAGAAUAUAACUGGUGUUUAUUAUUCAUUUUAUCUGGACUUUAAAUGUUUUUCAAAUUGUUCUGUUCAUUACAUCAUUAAAGGUCCAGUGUGUAACAUUUAGUAGACUCUAUUGGCAGAAAUAUAAUAUUCGUAUGUUUUCUGUCGUGUACAAUCACUUGAAAAGUAAGAAUCGUUGUGUUUUCAAGACAAACCAAACUGGCUCUUCUUCAGUCAUGGAGUUUUUCCAUCAGUUGCAAUCUCACCACUAGAUGUCACUAAAUCCUACACACUGGUCCUUUAAAGCAAUAAUUACAAACAUUGGGCAUUUAUGCCUUUUUUUAACCGUUUUUUGGGGGAGAUAUAUUUUCUUAUUGAUUAAAGUCACAGUUUAACUGCUAGUAGUGGUAACUAGUGGCAAUCAAUCACUGUAUUAUACAUGUUUAUUUUUCACUUCAUUGUAAUUUGUGUUGUUUGAGAAUA